UAUAUGGAUCAGGCUAAUCAAAGCUGCAAAAAAUGGGCCAUGGGACAUCAAAGUCUUUCUCUUACUAAAUGGUUUAAUGGUCAAAUGAGGAUAAAUAAUUUUAUUUUAUUUUAUGGGGUGCGUAUGAAUCUGGACAUCAACUACUAAUACAGCUUGUUAUUAGGUAUAAUUAUUGAAUUUUAUGCUAAUCUUUUUUCUUUAAAAUUAAUCACCAGCAUUUUUUUUUUCUUUUCAAAUAUUGAUAAUGGUCAGCUAGCCAUUACCCCUCAAUCAACGAGAAGAAGAAGAAAGUAAUUGUUCUAAUGGACUUAGUUGACUAAUAUUAUGCAAAUGCAAGACUAGUACUGCAUGCCCCAAAUUUAAAACCUGACAAUGGUACUAUGCAUGCUUCACAGUAGAGUGACAGCCACUUGCAUUGACUUGCAAAGCUUUUUUUAUUUAUUUUAUAAUAAUUUUGUUUUGGUUUUUUUUUUUUAAAGAAAGAAAUAAUAUAAAAAAGAAUGAAAAGGAAAAGACAAAUAAUUUUGAUGAUAAUUUAAUGUAGGCAGCUGAUGAAUUAAGAGUUAUGGUUGUAUGUUACAUUUAUUGUGAGAGUUUGGGAAGGCCUGAUUUCUUGACACUGCAACUUCUGUGUUCAACAAAUUUGGUUUCUCAUAUCCUCCACGUGUUCCCUUCCUUUCUCUCUCUUUCAAUUAUUUUUCUUUUUCUUUUUCUUACUUUCGAUCAGUUUCCAAUAUAUAUGUAAUCCUUGACAUAACAUAUUUUAUAUAUAUAUAUGUAUGUGCUUCUUCUUCUUCUCUGUAGCAAACCUUCAAAAGAAAAAUGGAGCAGAAUCAGUCAUCAUCAUCAACAUCAGUGAUUGAGUUAGGCAACUUUGAUCGUACCCAAAAACAUUCUUAUGUCAAUUCACUUUGUUCCAGAGAAAUGGAGUCUCUGUCUGCUAUAUGUGACACCUUCUUGCCAUCACUGAACAUCUUCUCAGAUUUCAUUACCAACGACAGCACCACUGAUGAUUCCACGGCCAUGUUUUUUCAAUCUUCUGCUUCCAUGGCUGGAACACCUCAACGUCUAGGAGGGUUAAUAAGUGAAAGAUUGAAGCACCCAAAGAAGUGGUUAAUAAGGCUGGCCUUAUGGAUGCUCUCAACAUGGAUUGGGACGUUCAUCCUUUGUGGGGUGGCCAGCAUUUCAACCCAUUUCCCCUACUUUCAGAGUUUCUCUCAGCUCACAUUACAUAAAAGGGAAAAGAUUUUGCACUCAUGGUCUCUCAGCUUUUUGUAUCCUCUCAGGAUGCUAUUUAAGGCCAUGAAACUUCUUAUCCUACUUGUCUUCUUCUCUCAGGUUGACGAGAAAAAUGAAAACCUUACGUGGAAAGCAAUAGGCUAUCCCGGACCUGACCCCCAGUUCAAAGUAGACAAGUGGGAAGCUUUAAAAUUAUCUCCCUAUGCAAGAUUUACAGAUAAACAACUGGAGCGGAAAGAAGAAGAAGAAGAAGAAGAAGAAGAAGAAGAAGGUGAGGAUGAAUUAAAGCUCUUUGGACCUCUCCACAGAGGAAUCGUUGACAUGAACCUUCCACGAGACGCAGUUGCAAACUCUCUCCAGCGAUUAGGAUUCUCUAUCCUUGCAAAUCGCCCAAAGAAAUAUUAUAGUCCUCUGGUUAUCCGAUGUGAUGCUGUAGUAGUCGGUUCUGGUUCUGGUGGUAGCGUGGUUGCUGGUGCCCUUGCAAAGGCUGGUUAUAAGGUUCUUGUCCUUGAAAAGGGAAAUUAUUUUGCUAGAAGCAAUCUUUCACUGCUUGAAGGGCCUACAAUGGAUCAAAUGUACUUAUCUGGCGGUCUAAUGGCGACAGAUGAUAUGGGGGUUGUAUUACUUGCAGGCUCUACAGUUGGUGGUGGCUCUACAAUCAAUUGGUCAGCUUCUAUUAAAACACCACAGCAUGUCAUUAGUGAAUGGACCAAUUGCUACGAUCUAGAGAUUUUCGGAAGUAAGUUGUACAAAGAAGCAUUGGAUGUUGUGUGUGAGAAAAUGGGAGUUCAAUCUGAAAUUCAUGUUGAAGGAUUCAACAAUGAGAUUUUAAGAAAAGGGUGUGAAGAAUUGGGUUAUCCUGUAAGCAACAUACCGCGAAAUUCAGCACCGGAUCAUUACUGUGGCUGGUGUUGUCUGGGCUGCAAAGAUGGAAAGAAAAAAGGAACCUGUGAGACAUGGCUAUUGGACUUGGUGAAUUCAGGUAAUGGUGCAAUUCUUCCCAGGUGUGAGGUAAUUAAAAUCCUACACAAGCGAAAGAGCAAUCGAAAAGCAGCAACUGGAGUUGUUUUUGGAUUUGAAUAUAAAGGGAAAAAAGAAUUGUAUGUUGUUGAAUCAAAGGUAACAAUUAUUGCUUGUGGUGCUCUCAGUAGUCCACCAUUGUUGAGAAGAAGUGGACUGAAGAAUCCUAACAUAGGCAGAAAUCUACACCUGCAUCCCGUAACAAUGGCAUGGGGUUACUUCCCGGAGGCAUGGCCUGAGGUAGAGAAGAAGAGCUAUGAAGGAGGGAUAAUGACAGCAAUGUCAACAGUUGUGGCUAAUUUUGAUAAAUCUGGAUAUGGCGCGGUGAUACAGACUCCAUCAUUGCACCCUGGUAUGUUCUCAAGUUUGAUGCCAUGGGUCUCUGGUGCUGAUAUCAAAAUGCAAAUGUGCAGAUAUUCAAGGACAGCCCACAUAUUUGCAUUGGGCAGGGAUAAAGGAUCAGGAACUGUGAAUUCACCGAGCUCAAUAACUUAUCAGAUGAAAGCAGCAGACGAGAAAAAUCUACAGAAUGGAAUAGAGAAAAUAUUAAGGAUACUAGCAGCAGCAGGAGCUGAAGAAAUAGGAACACAUCACUGCAUAGGAAGAAGGUUAAAUGUAAAAACAGCCAGCUAUCAUGAGUUUGAGAAAUUCGUGAAAGAGGAGAGAGCGCGGCCUAUGAGGGACUUGUCGAACCAGAUAUGUUCAGCCCAUCAGAUGGGGAGCUGCCGGAUGGGGGUGAAUCCAAAGCACUCAGUGGUGAACCAGACAGGCGAAACCUGGGAAAUAGAAGGAUUGUAUCUGGCAGACGCAAGCGUAUUUCCAACUGCUUUAGGUGUGAAUCCUAUGGUCACAGUUCAAGCUAUUGCUUACUGCACUGCACAAUCUGUUCUUGAAGUUCUUAGGAGAAAGAAAAACUAAUAGGUAAAACUAACAUCUCCUGGAUGAUGAUCAGGAUAACAUUCCUAGCUUAUGAAUCUGCUGCUACUUACAGAAACAUGUUACCCCUAGCAAGGAAUAAAGACAGCAUCAGCUCUCCCCAAAUUAUAGUAUCAAUAAACUUGCACGAACCAAGAACAUAUUGCUUGCUGUCAAUAAUUGCUAAAUAAUUGUCCUGAUUAUGAACUGCUAAAUCAUUUAUAUUGUAUGAAACACGACCACAGCCCAGUUAUAGCCAUUGAAGCGCGGGGGUAGGGCUUCUAUUUUUCAAAAGAAAUUUUCAGUUUGGUCUC